AUGGAAGAAGUAUUAAAAUAUUUUAGACGUAUUUCAUCAAUUAUUAUACUUUUAGUUUCAUCAGUGUAUGCAGCAACAUUUUUAAUGUUUCCUGUGAUUGCAUUGAUUGAACCAUUUUAUAAAAAGUUAGCAUUCAAAUUACAAGCUAAAAUCGCAUCGGGAUGGUUUAGAUUGGUUUUAUUUGUUUUCGAAGUUCUCAAUGGUAUAGAAAUUAGAUAUUAUGGUGAAGAUGAUAUUCAAGAAGGGGAAUCACUCAUUAUGAUGAUGAAUCAUCCAUCAGAAAUUGAUUGGUUAUUCUCUUUUAGUAUUGCACAAAGAAAGAAAGCUUUAUCAAAUAUUAAGGUUUUAUUGAAAAAUGAAGUAAGAUUUGUACCAGGUGUUGGUUGGGGAUGUGAUAAUUUAGAUUACAUCUUUUUAACAAGAGAUUGGACAUUCGAUGAAAAUCAUAUUGAAUAUAAAAUUAAUAAAUAUAAAGAAAGUGAAUGUAAACCAUGGUUAGUUAUUUUCCCAGAGGGUACCGAUAUUGAUGAUGUUAAAUUAAAAAAAAGUUGGGAUUUUGCAGAAAAGAAUGGAUUCCCAAAAUUUAAUAAUGUACUUUUACCAAGACAUAAAGGUUUACAUGCAUGUGUUGAACCAUUAAGAGAUACAAUUGAUUGUGUAUAUGAUUUAACAAUCGGUUAUGAAGGUAAACCAACCAUUUUAUCAUGUAUUAGUGGAACAAGUCCAAGAGUUGUAAAUAUUCAUAUUAAGAGAUAUUCACUUGAUGAAAUUCCAAAGGAUGAAAACCAACUUCAAAAAUGGUUAUUUAAUCGUUAUCAUGAAAAAGAUCAAAUGUUACAAUACUUAAAAGAAAAUAAAACUUAUUCAAUGCCAUAUAGAAUUCAUAAACCUUCAUUAUCAAUUUAUGCAUCAGCAUUUUUAUGGUUUUAUUACUUUAUGUUACCAAUCACCAAUUUACUUUUAAUUUCUUCAUUUACAAGAGUGUACUUUAUCAUAGCAUUUGUUUAUCACAUUUUAAAUUCAAAAUAUGAACCACUUCGUAAAUUAAGAGGAUUACAAAAUGCAAUUUAUUCAAAAAAAGAAAAAUCUCAUUAA